UUAACAUAGCCCAAGUAGUCGGCAUUACAAACAAAUGAAACAUGUAUUUAAAACUCAUCACUUAUUUUACAUUGGUUUUUUGUAUAAACAAUAGCAAAGCUCAUGAAUUAGACACAAAUGGCUACAUUUUAUACUGUCCAUGCAUGGGUAGAUUUGGGAACCAAGCAGAUCACUUUCUUGGUGCUUUAGGAUUUGCUCAAGGAUUAAAUCGUACUUUAGUGCUUCCACCUUGGGUGGAAUACAGAUAUGGUGAACCUAAAUCAAUUCAAGUGCCUUUUGAUACAUACUUCAAGGUAGAACCCUUGAGAGAAUUUCAUAAAGUAAUUACAAUGGAAGAAUUUAUGAGAGAUAUUGCUCCUAUUGAAUGGCCUCUUAAUGAAAGAAUAUCAUUUUGUUAUACUAAUAGAGGGGAUGAUAAUAAUUGCAAUGCAAAGUAUGGUAAUCCAUUUGGUCCAUUUUGGGACACAUUUGAUGUAGAUUUUGUUGGUUCAGAGUUUUAUGGUCCUCUACAUUAUGACACCUACAAUCAUGACAUGGCAAGGCAAUGGAAAGACAAAUAUCCACCAAAUAAAUGGCCGGUUUUGGCCUUCUCUGGUGCCCCUGCAGCCUUUCCAGUGCAAGCAGAAAACCGCCACUUGCAUAAAUAUUUAAAAUGGACUGAUACAUAUGAGACGAGAGCAGAUGACUUUAUUACCAGCAUGCCAAAAGGUGCCUUUAUUGGUAUUCAUUUAAGAAAUGGAAUUGAUUGGGUCCGAGCUUGCGAACACAUCCCGGAAAGCCCGAAUUUAUUUGCCGCUGCACAAUGUUUAGGUUACCGCAACGAGCAUGGCGUGGCCACACCAGACAUGUGUCUUCCCACGAAGGAAACAAUUCUACGGCAAUUGAAACGUGUCAUUAAGAAAUUACAAACAAUCAAGUCGGUUUUCGUUGCGUCGGAUAGCAAUCAUUUGAUUAGGGAAUUGAAAACUGGACUGGAGCGCAUCAAAGUCGACGUAUACAAGUAUCCGGAAAACAGCCCGCAUGUCGAUUUGGUGAUUUUGGGUAAGGCGCAUCACUUUAUUGGUAAUUGCAUUAGCUCGUACAGCGCCUUCGUUAAGCGCGAACGCGAUGCUAAGGGAUUAACGAGUAGUUUCUGGGCGUUUCCGAGUGAAAAAGACAAAACCAAACGGGCAAACGUCAGUCAUCUGGAAUUAUAGCGUAAGACUGUAUUUACCGCACCGAUAAGUAUUUAUUUUUCAGCUUUUGCUUAAUAUUGUGAAUUUGAAACUGUAAUCUCAGUAUUUUUAUAUCUAUGAAGUAUUUUUGAUACCAACGUUUACACGAGAUAAUUUUAAGUUUUUCAAAAUGCCGAAACACAUUUAAUUUAAGUUAUUAUGUGUGGAAAUAUGAGCAGUUAGGGUUUAUUAGCUAUGUGCACAAAGCAAUAAUUUUACAUAUCUUCAUAAUACAACUAAAGCAAAGCACAUUAAGUUAAUUAGUGAUUACAAGAACUAAGAUUGAGACAGUAAAAUCCCUUUAUUGCAUCAUGUUACUAAGUAAUUUUCCAUUUUAUAUACGUCCAAUCAUACUUCGUCGCCUUUUAUUAAAAACACCGUUCAUAUUUAUAUACAACGAUAAUUAUUGUAAACAUAAUGACUAAAACUGAAUAUCAACCAUGAUAAAAACAUGUGUAAUUCAAUUGCAAAGCAAAUAAGACACAUUGUGACUUUAAUAAUACGCAAAUUUACAAACGGAA